CCCCACCCCCGUCAGCUCGCCCAAAUGUUAUUUCAACCGGCAUGUGUGAAUCAAAGCUAGGUAGCUAUGCUAAAGUUGCUAACCAGCGGCGACUUCCAAGGUUGGAGCAUUUCGUCACGUUUACGUGUGUUAUUCGAACAUAUUGUUCUUAAGUGUGGUUCGUUUAGCGGGUUUUGCAAACGCACGUAGUGUGGUAUUUUUGGACGUUAUUUACUAGUUUGGCCGACUUUAGUGCAGGCCCGCCUGACAAUUUGCUGUGUUUUGCUAAUGUGCUAACCCACACCGAAAUAUAUAUAUGCAUUUUGCGGAAUAACGACUCGAAAAAAAGCCUUAAAAUCAUUAAUUGUUGCCCGGCGGUGUAAGUUAGAAUGUUUGAACGUGUUUAGACCUUGAAGAGUGAUUCGAUUUCACGGUCUUGCAUCACCUGUUUUACCUCAUUAGUAGCGUUUACCUGAUUCUAUUAGCAUUCCAGCACUGAGUCAUCACAUGAAUGUCGUGUUUAGACAUUAAAAUGCAACGUUCCGACGCAUAACAGUUGAUUUUCUUGCAGGUGAAACAUCGUUUGAGCUGCCACGGCUCACAGAUUUGGGGGGAAAAUGUUCCACUGAAGCUUUUAAAACUGACGUGAUGGAAAAUUUGAGUUUUUAAUGUUUGUAUGCAAAUAGUUGUUUCUCUGUAGUGCUUGGCCACAUAUUAAAUGUGGCAAGUAAAACGUUUAUCUGGACACCUCUGAAUAAGUGUCUACUGUAUGUGUUGCACCUCAGCCCAAUAAUGAGCAUAACCACUAACACACCAAGUUUCUCUCCCAAAGUUUGGAAGCCAAAGAGCCACUUUGACAUGGUGGCCCCUAAAAAAUUGUCUGCCUGGGAGGUCAUGGUGUCUGUUUGUUGAUGUCUGCCUCAACGCUUCAUUGCAUAAUGUGGACUUCAAGGGCCAGGUUGGAUUCACUCUCCCUAUACCUCCUGACUCCGCUUGCUAAAAUAUGGCCAGCGGGGAUGACGACGACCCCAUUAUAGAGGAGAUUGACGUCUAUCUCGCCAAAAGCCUAGCUGAGAAGCUUUAUCUACUACAGUACCCUGUGAGACCAUCCACCAUGACCUACGACGACGUCAGCCUUUUGGCUGCCAAGAUCAAACCCAAGCAGCAGCGGGUGGAGCUUCAGGUUGCCAUGGACACCAAGAGCCCAAACUACUGCAGCAGCAAGGGCGAGCAGAUAGCGCUGAACGUGGACGGCACGGGCUACGAGGAGAACAACACCUAUUCGGUGAAAAUGAUGGACAAUCAGAUCUUCUCGUCCAUCCAGGCCACCACCAACACUUCCCGAUACGCCGCUGCCGUCUUCCGAAAAGGCGAGCUUCACAUGACUCCGCUGACGGGAAUCCUGCAGAUGAGGCCCAGCUUUGCGUACCUGGACAAGGCGGACAACAAAACCCGGGAGAGAGAGGCGGCCAAUGAAGCUGGAGACUCGUCCCAGGACGAAGGCGAGGAUGAAGCCAAAGCUAUUUCGGUGAGAUUUGCUCGGCCCGAGUCGGAGCAAGCGCGCCAGAGGAGGAUCCAGUCUUACGAGUUCCUCCAGAAGAAGCAAGCCGAGGAGCCCUGGAUCCAUUUGCAGUACCACGGCGUCCAUGAUGGGCGGUCGGAACACGAGAGGCAGUAUUUGUUCUGUCAGCAUGUGGACGCCUCUGACAACUCUGAGCUGGUCAAAACGCCCACAGAGUACCUCACCAUGCUGAUGCCACCGCUGGCAGAGGAAAAAGUCGUGAAGCCCAUCGGCCCGAGCAACGUUCUCUCCAUGGCCCAGCUGCGCACGCUGCCGCUCGGCGAGCAGAUCAGGACGUUGAUGAAGAACGUCAAGGUGAUCCAGUUUGCAAGCCUGAUGGGCCUGCUGGCCUCAGGCACUGACGCCACCGCCGUGCUGCGCUGCAUCCAACAGGUGGCGCUGCUAGUCCAGGGCAAUUGGGUGGUGAAGAGUGACGUUCUGUAUCCCAAAAACACAUGCAGUCCUCACAGCGGAGUUCCGGCUGACGUGCUGUGUCGGGGGCGAGACUUUGUGAUGUGGCGGUUUACUCUGGAACGCUCCCUGAUGAGGAAGGAAGUGGCGGCCGUGAUCAAACUUCCUCCAGAGGAUGUGAAGGAUUUCCUCGAGCAGGUGGCGGUGCCACGUGUGAACCGCGGCUGGGAGUUCCUGCUGCCCUCCGACCCCGACUUUGUCAAGAAGCAUGCCGACGUGGCCCACCGGCAGCACAUGCUUUGGCUGGGCAUCCAGAGCAAGUUGGAAAAAGUCUUCAACUUCUCAAAAGAUGACUUUGUGCCAAAGAAGGCUCCCCAGUCUGCAAGUGCAGAGCCGGUCCACAUCAGCGGCGAGCAGCGUCUGAAGUUAGCCCACGAGCGCGCUCAGGAGAAACAGGCUUCUCUCCAAAAGGAUCUGGAGGCCAAGCGAGCAGGCGGCGUCCGCGUCAAACAGGAGCCCCUCAGCGACGGCGAAGCCGAGCCCAUGGACACGUCCUCUCCUCCGGCGUCCCGGUCGGGCGUCCACAACGGCUCCCUCAACGGUUACGCUGGCGCCGAGCGCGCGAACGGCGGGAGCCCCGCCAACGCGCCCUCGCCACAGUUGCUGGACUUUGUGACAAAGACCUUUGGUAAGAAUCCCGUGCUGACGCUGAACGAGCUCAAGAGGCUCUUUAGCCUCCACUUGGCCGCCAUGCCGGCAGGACACAUCCCCUUCGGACCCGUGUCGGACCACAUGCUGCAGGACGCCGUGCUGCUCAGCCGCUGCAGACAGAUCAUGGUGCCUUUCCCCGCUCUGACCGCAGCUUCUGCCGAUGAGCAAAAGGUGUUCGGCUUGUGGGAAACCGGAGAGGACAUCGAUAAGCAUCGGCACCUGCUUUACGAGAUGUUCACUAAAACCUACGGUGUGAAACGGAGCGCGGUGCAAGCACGACUUGGCGAAGAGUUGGGCGACGUCGCCAAGGCCGACGUGGACCGGCUGCUCAAGGAAUGCUGCAGCAGCCACGCCGGUAUGUGGUACCUGAAGGGAACCAUCCAGUCUUGACCCAAGCAGCCUGCCCCCGGGGGCACCCUUAGUCAAACACAGUGUCCCAAGGGAACGCGACCGAAGUGAGAGCCGGUCACGACGACGACAUCGUCUGCCGCUGGGAACGAUGCAAAAGAGGUCUCUGAAGGACAAGCGCUCGAAACACAAAUGCCUCAUUAUUUAAGUCGGGCCCCCUCCCCGAUGCACUUUUUUUUUUUUUUUUUUUUUGAAAGGCUUACACGGCUGCCAAUUUGCGUUUAUCCACUAACAUGAAGGUUCAGGAUGCGGCAAGACACAAGGAGCCUCAGUCGUGUAAAUCACUUGAGGGCGCUUUUCUUUAAUCACGAACCCCAAAACGGAGAGACUAAAACCGUGAAGGUCAUUUCCGACUUUUUGCACCUGGACUUGUGUUCACCACGACGGCGGUUUGAUAGAAGGGACAAACGUUUCACUGCUACAUUUUGUUUGCCUUUCACCUGGAUGCACAGGAACAGUUGUGGAUGAUCAAUAAAACGUAAACGUUU